AUGGAAUUUAUGACCUUGUACGCAAUUGUCGCAGGCGGCAUUUUCUUGCUUCUAGUUCUGGUACGAAUUGCUCCGUCGUUCGAACCACUAGCAGAAGCUCUUUCCAGGUGGGUCGCGAAGCAUCUUGCCUAUCCAUAUCUCCUAGGUCGUCAUCGACUUAUAGGACCUUGGACUCGGCUGGCUGUUUUCUUUCCCUUGCGUAUGGACGAAAUUGGUCGGCGAGCUGGGACCUUGUCGCUUCUCAAUAUGGCACUUCUCUAUCCCUUCAUGCAGCUUGGCCUCUUCGCUGAUGUCCUUGGACUUUCGUUCGACACCUGCCGCCGUGUCCAUGGGGCAGCAGCAUGGAUGGCGUCGGCUCUUCUUGCCUUACACAUCGUCGUAGCCAUGCUUGACCAGCAGACGUUUUCGCUCCACGAACAAAACAACCUUUUUGCUGUUAUUGGGGCUGGGUCACUAGUGGCUUUAAUGCUGUUCUCGCUUUCAUUAUUCCGCCGUCUUUCAUUCGAGCUGUUUUUGCGUACACACCAAGCCCUCGCUGCCGUGUGCAUCUAUAUGACCUGGCGACACCUUCCCUCUGAAUCGAUAUUCCCUCGAGUCUAUCUUUAUAUUCCACUUGCCAUACUGCUACUGUCAACUUUCGUGCAUGUCCUACUAUUUCUUUAUCGAAACGGCAUCCUUCCCUCUCGGACUUAUCCUUAUGCAUCGGUCAUGUGCAGGAAGAAAAGCAAAAAUACUGAGGGAUCCGACGAAGACCCGGCUGAGGGCGCGCCAUUGAAGAUACGUGUAGCGCUUCCAAGGCCAAUGCACGUGAAGGCUGGCCAGUAUGUGAACCUCUGGAUGCCCUCCGUCAGUUUCUCGUCGUGGCUCCAAUGCCAUCCGUUCAUGGUAACGUCCUGGUCACCCGGAAGACAAGAUGUUUUGGACCUGUUCGUGCAGGCCCGUCAUGGCCUAACAGAGAAGCUACGAGCGCGCGCUCCUCUGGAGGGAACGGCAUCAUUUACGGCCUUUGUAAGCGGUCCGUAUGGCAGAAGUGAGCCAGUAGGUGAGUACGAGAGCGUACUAGCAGUUGCUAGUGGCUUUGGUAUUGCUGGUGUCGUUCCAUACAUCAAGCGACUCCUCUAUGGCUACAACACGUCCUCGGUACGGGUUCGUCGCGUGCACCUGGUGUGGCAGGUGCAGACGAUAGAUAUUGCGGUUGCCGCUGAACCAUUGUUGAACAGUCUCCUGGAUGACGAUGUCCUCGAUGACGGCUAUAUUCUCGAGAUGUCGUUCUAUGUGGAGUAUAAGUCAAAAGCCGGGAAAGGAAGGCCUUUCGGAGACCAUCACCGGGCAACUAUCUACAAUGGUUUUCCAGAUUACGACAGUAUCAUAUCGACCGAAGCCUCCGGCGAACAUAUCGAACGAGUUUCCAACUCUCAAGAGGAAAGGGGUAAAUUACUAGUACUGAGUGAGUUGGUCCACUAG